CUGGCGUCUUCAGCGGGCGCGCGCAGAGACAGCCAUAUUUGAGCAGAUCAGGAUCGCAGCAGUGUCCCUCACGUUAUAUAUCGCUCGCGUCAAUUGGAUCACACACGCGUUUAACGGACACACACAACGCGGAGAUGCCUCGCGGAACACGCGUCUAGGUUGACCGCAUGACGUCCUUCGGCCCCGCGCUGGAGUCCUCGCGCGAAAUGGAGGUGCAGAGCGUCAGCAGCGAGGUGAAUGGACAUCAGAUGAUGGAUGAGCCGAUGGAGGAGGACUCCUACACACACUGUGACGAGGGCACUUAUCAGGAGAUCCCCAUCACUCAUCAUGUGAAGGAGGGCUGUGAGAAGGCCGAGCCCAGCCAGUUUGAGCUGCUCAAGGUUUUGGGACAAGGCUCCUUUGGGAAGGUGUUUUUGGUGAGGAAGUUGAUGGGUCCCGAUGCCGGUCAGCUUUAUGCAAUGAAGGUGCUCAAGAAAGCAUCUUUAAAAGUUAGGGACAGAGUUCGCACCAAGAUGGAGAGAGAUAUUCUGGUGGAGGUCAAUCAUCCUUUCAUUGUGAAGUUGCACUAUGCCUUUCAGACAGAAGGGAAACUCUAUUUAAUUCUGGAUUUUCUCAGGGGUGGGGAUGUAUUUACUCGUUUAUCCAAAGAGGUUAUGUUUACAGAGGAGGAUGUGAAAUUCUACCUUGCAGAGCUGGCCCUUGCAUUGGAUCAUCUACACAACCUAGGCAUUGUUUACAGAGACCUGAAGCCUGAAAACAUUUUGCUUGAUGAAGCUGGACAUAUCAAGUUAACAGACUUUGGGCUCAGUAAAGAAUCGGUAGAUCAGGACAAGAAAGCGUACUCGUUCUGUGGCACUGUGGAGUAUAUGGCCCCUGAGGUGGUCAACAGAAGAGGUCACACGCAGAGCGCUGACUGGUGGUCUCUCGGCGUCUUAAUGUUUGAAAUGCUGACCGGCACGUUACCGUUCCAAGGAAAAGACAGGAACGAGACUAUGAACAUGAUUCUUAAAGCAAAGCUGGGAAUGCCACAGUUUCUAAGUCUGGAAGCACAAAGUCUUUUACGAAUGCUAUUCAAAAGAAAUCCAUCAAACCGUUUAGGAGCCGGUCCUGACGGGGUGGAGGAGAUCAAACGACACGCGUUCUUCUCCACCAUCGACUGGAAUAAACUGUACCGAAGAGAACUUCAGCCUCCAUUCAAACCUGCUGCAGGGAGACCAGACGACACCUUCUGCUUCGACCCAGAGUUCACAGCCAAAACUCCCAAAGAUUCUCCAGGUAUUCCUCCCAGUGCUAACGCUCACCAGCUCUUCAAAGGCUUCAGUUUUGUAGCUCCAGUCUCUCUGGAGGAAAGCAGAAGUGCCCCGCUGGUCAACAUUCUCCCCAUAGUGCAGAUGCACGGGGGCUCGGCUCAGUUUGCAGACGUGUACGAGCUGAAGGAGGACAUCGGCGUGGGUUCCUACUCCAUCUGUAAGCGCUGCAUACACAGGGUCACCUGCAUGGAGUUUGCUGUGAAGAUCAUUGAUAAGAGCAAGCGUGACCCGUCGGAGGAGAUCGAGAUCCUGAUGAGAUAUGGCCAGCAUCCCAACAUCAUCACGCUGAAGGACGUGUACGACGAGGGCCGCUUCGUGUACCUGGUGACGGAGCUGAUGAAGGGCGGCGAGCUGCUGGAUAAGAUCCUCAGGCAGAAGUUCUUCUCGGAGCGAGAGGCCAGCGCUGUGCUCUUCACAAUCACCAAAACUGUGGACUACCUGCACUGCCAGGGGGUGGUGCACAGGGACCUGAAGCCCAGUAACAUCCUCUACAUGGACGAUUCAGGAAACCCCGACUCCAUCCGCAUCUGUGACUUCGGCUUCGCCAAGCAGCUGCGAGGAGACAACGGGCUGCUGCUGACGCCCUGCUACACGGCUAACUUCGUGGCUCCUGAGGUGCUGAUGAGGCAGGGCUACGACGCCGCCUGUGACAUCUGGAGUCUGGGAGUGCUGCUCUACACCAUGCUGGCGGGGUACACACCGUUCGCCAACGGCCCCAACGACACGCCGGAGGAGAUCCUGCUGCGCAUCGGCAGUGGGAAGUUCUCCCUGAGCGGAGGGAACUGGGACUCGGUGUCCGACUCCUCCAAGGAUCUGCUGUCUCACAUGCUGCACGUGGACCCUCACCAGAGAUACUCCGCUGAACAGGUGCUCAAACACUCCUGGAUCGCCCUCCGGGACCAGAACCCACACUUCCAGCUCACACGCCACGAGGCGCCUCACCUGGUCAAGGGAGCGAUGGCCGCCACGUACUCGGCUCUGAACCACAAGACGUGUAAGCCGGUUCUGGAGCCGGUGGCCGCCUCUGGUCUGGCCCAGCGCAGGAACAUGAAGAAGCUGACGUCUACAGACAUGUCCUGAGGAGCUCAGUGUGUCCUCUUCAGGAGCGCCCCUCUGCUUCUCUCGGGUGGAGGGAACAACACCAGCUCCAUCUCUCCAUCCCGCUUCACACCCAGGUCUCCUCAUACAGAACCUGUUUCUAGGACCAUUAAGAACAUUCGGUGACAAUCGAGCCCUUUUUCCUGUUCAUUUCAGGAUUUAUCUUGGCUGAAUGCUCUAAUAUGUGCUACAGGAAAUACAACCUUCCCCCAUGUCUUCUUUCUUUCUUCAGUCUAAUAUAAUAGUGUGUUUUUGAGGAAACAUUCCAGGAUUUUCUCCAUAUAGUGGUCUUCAAUGGUCCAAAGUACAGCUUCAAAGAGCUCUACAUGACCCCAGCCGAGACAUAUGGACCUGAUCUAGCCAAACGAUUGGUCAUUCUCUGAAUUAAUUAAUAUUUAUACACUGUUUAACCACAAAUGCUUGGCUAGCAUUAGCUCUGCGAUGCGUGUCUUUAUUAGCUGAUGUUGGAAAGGUCAAGCGUGACGCAGAAGCGCCGACUCAGUGUUUACAGAGCAAACACACAAAGAAAGUCAUGCCCUUUACAGAAGAAUUUAAAACCAUGAGGUCAGAUGGUUUUAGAGUUGGAUUAGAAGAUAAGAUGAAGAGUUUUUAAAUGAAGUGUGGCCUUUCCAGCAGGAUUAUGUGAUGUGAAGACGUGCAUCGCAGAGCUAGAGCAAGCCCAGUAUUUGUGGUUAAAGGUUAAAAUUCUGUAUAUAUAAUAAUAUAUAUAUCUGAAAAUGACCAAUUGUCUAGAUAAGGCCCUUAUUCCUCAGCUGGGGUCAUGUAGAGCUCUCUGAGCUGCGUUUUUAACCUUGAAUCCGUUGAGCACCACUGAAGUCCACUAUAUGGAGAAACAUCCUGCAGCGUUUCCCUCAAAAACCUUCAUUUCUCUGUGACUGAAGAUAGACAGACAUGAACAUCUGGGAUGACAUGGGGACGAGUGAAUGAUCAGGACAUUUGUAUUCUGGGAGUUUAGUGUCCGAGAAGCAGAUGAGAUGAAAAUGCAGCGAAUUGUCUUCAGUUUUACUGUGCAAAGCAUCUUAACGGUCCUUAAACAGGCAGGAUACAGUUAUGACCUGCACAUGUCUCACUGUUCUCCAUCUGUUAGCCACUUCCUGUCCCGUUCGUGUUCGAUCCACAUGGCAUUACCUCAGAAGCUCUCCGUGUUCACGUCUCCUCGGCUCGGUGUACAUAGACUCGUUCGUCGUGUGUGUGUGUGUGUGUGUGUGUGUGUGUGUGUGGAUCCUUGAGCACAUUUGCACUGAGGCUCGUCUGCUCCCGUCUCGGACCGCUCUUUGCCUUUUGUUGAAUGGGAAGUACAUGAGCAAAAGGUGAAGUAAAUCUAUAUUUAUAAAGUCGAAUGAGGUGGAUGAAUGUAGAUGAGAUUGGAUCCACGAAACCGCAUCUCUCUGCUCCAGAUGGAGGGACAAAAUAUUCCAUAACACUUUUUAAAGACAUUGUGGAAAUUGUAUCAUAUUGUAUUUAUUUCACUUAUUUUUAAAACUUUAUUUUUCUUUCAGGUGAUGUACAUAUUGACAUUAAAGAACAUUAUUGACAUGA